CGGAUGUUUAACGGCGGGCAAAUUUGCAACUCUCGCACGGCCGCUCGCUGUCAGUUUUCUGCUGUCAACGGACCUGAACUAUUUGUUCUUCUUUAUUUUGAUUAAAUGAACUGUUUUUCUUUCAUCAUUUUUCCUUAUUUGAUUUUCUAUUGCUGCAGAUUCUAGGAGUUUUUUUUUCCCAGAAUUUCAUCAGGUUAGAGCUAUUGCCGAAGCUUCCUUUUCAGGAAUUAAGCUGAAAUUAGCGGCUUUCAGAUGUAUGGGCGACACUACAGAUGUUAGCACGUAGUGGAGUGCCAAAUGUUUGACAAAUUGCUUGUACGAUAUUUUUGCUGCUUGUUAAUGAAACUGUUAGGUUCAAUUUUCAAAACUUGCUAUGCUGGAAUUAAGCUGAGGUCUCAGCAAUUCAGGUUUUUUCCACAUAUGAGUAUAGCAUUACCAGCAUCGUCAUACUUCCGGGAUGAAGACCUUUCUUCUGGCGAUAAUUCCCCAUGCAAUGUGAAAUGCGUUGCUGAUGAAUGUGUAGAACAGCAUGACUGGGUGGUUGACUUUGGUGUAAAUCAUAUUUUUAAUCAGAAAGCCAUUGACAAUGGUGAACUGAAAAGAAUAGAACUGACACUUGAAAAAUCUGGUUGGGGUCUAGGAUUUCUUGGUAACUAUAAGAAUUUAAAUUUGAACGAGUAUAACAUAACAAGGAUUUUAAAGGACUUAUUUGAGGAAAGUGGGAAUGCUGCCCCUGCUCUGUACUUCUUUAUAUGGUCUCAUCAUUGCAUGGGCUCAAAACUUACAGUCCAAUCUAUAUCUACAAUGAUACAUGUUUUGAUUGCGGGGAAUAUGAAUUAUAGAGCAAUGGACUUAACUCAAUAUCUUGUCAGGAAGAAUAAUGGCGAAGAUUGGUGGCUUAAUCUGCUGUUUGAAGUCUAUUUUGAAACUUGUAUCAAUAGGCAGGUUUUAGCCACUGCAUAUAGCAUGCUUGUUCAAUGUUAUAUCCAGGAAAAUAUGGUAAACAUGGCUCUGAACUUGACUUAUCAAAUGAAAUCUCUUGAUAUUUUCCCUUCGGUUGGGGUUUGCAAUUCUCUCCUUGGGGCUUUAUUACGUGGAGAGCAGAUAGAUUAUGCUUGGGAAUUUCUGGAAGAAAUUCAAUGUCGAGGGAUUGGUUUUAAUGUUUCAAUAAUUAACUUGUUUCUCCAAAAGUACUGUUCUGAUAUUAAUCUUAGAGGUGCUUGGAAAUUGUUGAUGGAAAUGAAAAAAUGUGGGAUUAGUCCUGAUAUUGUGGCAUAUACUAUAUUUAUCAAUUCUUUAUGCAAACAAUCACUUUGGAGAGAAGCCGUAUCUAUAUUGUUCAAAUUGACUGCAGUUGGUAUUUCCAUUGAUUCAGUUUCUGUUAGUUCAGUUAUUAAUGGUUUCUGCAAGGUGGGAAAGAUGGAGGAGGCUUUUAAUCUUAUGAAAGUAUUUAACAUUUCACCUAAUAUUUACAUCUAUAAUAGCUUAAUAUCCCGGUUCUGCAGUGAUGGCAACAUGAUUGCAGCUUCAAAUAUGUUCCAUGAAAUGUCAGAGUCAGGUUUAUCUCCCGACUCUUUCUGUUUUACCACUAUGAUAAGAGGAUAUUGUAAAAUUGGGGACAUGAACAUGGCACUUAACGUUUUGGCAAAAAUAUUAAAGAGGGGAAUAAAACCAUCUGUUGUCACGUACACGAUACUCGUGGAUUGUUGUUGCGAGUCUGGAGAUAUGGAGAUGGCAGAAUAUUUCUUCCAGGAUAUGGCAAAAGAAGGUUUGACACCGGAUGUCGUGGCAUACAACACAAUAAUGGAUGGCUUUGGCAAGAAGGGGUACUUGCACAAGGUUUUUGAACUUCUGAAUAUCAUGAAAUCCUCUGGAAUUUCUCCUGGAAAUGUGACCUACAACAUUGUCAUUCAUAGUCUUGUUAUAAGAGGAUAUGCUAUUGAAGCAAAGGAUUUACUGGAUGAGCUUGUAAAAAGGGGUUUCUCUCCUGAUAUUGUUGCUUUUACAAAUAUCAUGAAUGGAUUCACAAAGAAAGGAAACUUCGCAGAAGCAUUUCUCAUUUGGCUUUAUAUAAGUGAAACAAAUAUGAAACCUGAUGUUGUGAUGUGCAGUUCUAUUCUUAAUGGGUUUUGUCGGGCACGCCGUAUGGAUGAGGCUUAUUCUCUAUUUGUUAAGAUGCUCAGUACGGGCCUGGUUCCAGAUCUGAUAUUAUAUAACACACUCAUACAUGGAUUUUGCAGCAAAAGUGAUCUUGCUAAUGCAUGUCACUUAGUCAAUAUGAUGAUCAAGCAAGGUAUUUAUCCAAAUGAUGUUACUUAUAAAGCGUUUGCCCUCGGAUAUGACAAGAAGCGGGUCAGAAAUCCCUCAGAAGUUGCUAUGCGUGAGCUGCAACAAUUGGUGCUGGAAUAUGGUGCAUAAUGAGUAUUAAGACAUGUUGCAUCCAACAACCCAAGCAGCCAAAUAGCUACAUAUUUGCCUGAUCAUAUGUUGGCAGCAAGAAGUUGUAAGCCGCUAGCUAACUUUUUAUAUAACAGCCCGUCUUGUUUGGAACUUUGACGCUUCCUGCCAAUUAUCCAUCAUGUUGUAGGUUUGUGGUCCAAAGUCUCAUCCCUUCAUUAUCAGGCAUGUCAAAAGUUGUUAAAGCAAAAGCUAUUUUACAUGCGAUCUCAGAGAGUUAUGAAAUUGAAAUGUGGGCAGUCAGUUUAAACCAUGGGAUCAAUUUUACAUGAAGAUUUUGGAGAGUGGUAAAUAGAUGGGGAGAAGAAUCAUAAUUUCACUUCCGAUAUUUUUGAUUUUGUUUCAAAAAAGAAUUCUUUUACACAUGACCCCUAAAGUGCUUUGGAUUAUUCUCUAGAUUUUGAGUUGAGAGUUGUUAUUUUGUGCUCAACUGGAAUCAUUUAAAUCAAUAUAGAGAAUUCUGGAAGCUAUAGAGUUAAAUAAUUUCAUUAUAAUGAAAGAGGCUACAAAUGAAUUUCCAGCAACCAUGAAUUAGAAAAUAUGGAAAAAUAAGGUAACAGUGAAUGAACAAUUCCGAUAGAAGUCUUUCUAGUUUUUCAGUAAUGAAAUUAAAUGGGAGAAUUGAUUGAGGUCAUGAAGUUUUACUUUGCUGAAUUUUUUCCCAAAUUUUAUAUGCACACAUUUUUUCUAGUUAAUGGUCAUUUUUUUUGCAAAAUGAUGCCGCCAUUGAUGUUGAGGGUAAUGUUAGUUACAUCUUUUUUUGAAUUAUUUCUCACUGACUAGGUAAUCCCACUGAACAUUUUCUUAUAGGUUACAGUUGUGCUAUAUAAUCUACUUUCUUAUUUUCUGAUGGGACAUAGGUAAGCGUCAAGAACAAUGUAAAUACUUCUGUGGGAAACACAUCAGUUGGCCAGGAGGAGUAUGCGCUCUAUGGCAAAUCAACAACUACAGAAAAUAUAAGAGGAAAUGCAUUUCAAAUUUCAGUGAACUUUUUCCAGACAAAAAAUUUCACCAGGGUGGACAUGUAUAUGAUUUUGAGAUAGUUGAUCUGGCCAUCGGAGCUACACACUGUAAUGGCAAUCUGAAUGUCAUAUGCAUGCCACGUUUGUCCAAGGGGAUCUCUACCAAAUUGAGGAGAAUUUUGAUAACUAUUUUCCCAAGCCUGACAUUGUCAUUACAGAUGCUGCAGAUACUAAGCGUCCAGGCGUGCACAUGAAAUCCGGCCACAUGUGCCCAUCACAUUGAUUUCCUAUAUCUUGGUGUGUAGCACUUUCCGAUCAAAAUUUUGUUUACUCCUAAGUUAUGGUAUCUCAGUUUGUCAUAAUCCUUGCCAGAGCAGAACAAACUGAGAAGCCUACAACAAGUGGACAUGUUUCCAACGCACUCCUCAAUUGAUUCCACCCUAUUUUGCAUUGUGGUAUUUGAAGAAAAGAGAGUUUUUGUAUAUUAAAAUACCUCUAGAUCUAGCACCAGUGAUUUUCUUGGCUAAUUGAUUGAAGUAGGUGGCUCAUAAUAUGUACCCAAGUGGUCCACAAGAAUCUUCUCUUCGUUGCCUAAACAAAGGGACGAGUUUCUGUUUCGUACAACUCUGAAGUUUAUUUAGGCCCAUCUUUUUGAACUGUUGGAAAGCACAAUUUCGGCUCAUUUGAAGGUUCUAUUUUUGGAUAUAUGUAAAAUUAUAUCACGCACGAUGAAUAGAAUUUGACGAAUUCAAUUCUUGAAUUCUUGUCAAGAAUUUCUUAUUUUACAAGUAUAAUUUCUUAUAUCACGC